AUGUCUGACCCAGUUGACCAAGUGACCGAGCAGGUCGCUAAGACCUACCUCGAUGACGUUACCGGAGAGUAUGUCAGCAAGACCGAGUUGAAGAAGAGGCAGAAGACGAGACAAAUUGAGGCCAAGAAGGCAGAGAAGGCCGCUAAGAACAAGGACAAGCAGCCAAAGAAGAAGGAUAACAUGGCCGACUUGAAUCCUAACCAGUACUUUGAACACAGAUCUCGCCAGAUCAACGAAUACAGACAGAAGUACGAGUCAGACUCCUCGGUCAUUAACCCAUACCCACACAAGUUCCACAGAGACUCCACUAUUCCCCAGUUUGUGGAGAAGUACUCCUCGUUGACCAGGGGUGAGACUAAGAAGGACGUUCAAGUGAAACUCACAGGUAGAAUCAUGAACAAGAGAGAGUCCGGUUCCAAGUUGAGAUUCUACUUCUUGAAGGGUGAUGGAGUCCAGGUCCAGGUGAUGGCUCAAGCUCAGGACUACGAGUCUCUUGAAGCGUACGAAAAGAUCAACGAUAACUUGAAGAGAGGUGAUAUCAUCGGUGUUGUUGGUUACCCAGGUAGAACUUCCCCAGCCAAGGGUGGUGAGGGCGAGCUCUCCAUUUUCGCCCAGCACAUCGAGCUCUUGACUCCAUGUUUGCACAUGUUGCCAGUGGAACACUUUGGUAUCAAGGACCAAGAAACUAGAUACAGAAAGAGAUACUUGGACUUGAUCAUGAAUGAUUUUGUUAGAGACCGCUUCAAGGUCAGAUCCAAGAUCAUCACUUUCAUUCGUAAGUUCUUGGAUGACAGGGACUUCACCGAGGUUGAAACCCCUAUGAUGAACGUCAUUGCUGGUGGUGCCACUGCCAAACCUUUCAUUACACAUCACAACGAUUUGAAUAUCGACAUGUUUAUGAGAAUUGCUCCAGAGUUGUUCUUGAAGGAGUUGGUUGUUGGUGGUAUGGACAGAGUUUACGAGAUCGGUCGUCAAUUCAGAAACGAAGGCAUUGACAUGACUCACAACCCCGAGUUCACCACAUGCGAGUUCUAUCAGGCUUACGCCGAUGUGUACGACUUGAUGGAUAUGACCGAGUUGUUAUUCUCUGAGAUGGUGAAGGAAAUCACUGGUGACUACAAGGUUACAUACCAUCCCGACGGUCCCGAGGGCGAGGCAUUGACCUUGGACUUUGCUAGACCAUGGAAGAGAAUCAACAUGAUCGAGGAGUUGGAGAAGGUCUACAAUGUCAAAUUCCCACCAGGAGACCAGUUGCACACCGAGGAGACAGGCAAGUUCUUGAAGCAGAUUUUGAUCGAUAACAAGCUCGAUUGCCCUCCACCAUUGACCAACGCUAGAAUGUUGGACAAGUUGGUUGGUGAGCUUGAAGACUCUUGUAUCAACCCAACAUUCAUCUUUGGUCACCCCCAGAUGAUGUCCCCAUUGGCCAAGAAGGAUAGAAAGAUCCCAGGUUUGUGUGAGAGAUUCGAAGUCUUCGUCGCAACCAAGGAGAUUUGUAACGCUUACACUGAGUUGAACGAUCCAUUUGACCAGAGAGCUAGAUUUGAGGAACAAGCUAGACAGAAGGAUCAAGGUGAUGAUGAGGCUCAGAUGAUUGACGAGACCUUCUGUAAUGCCUUGGAAUACGGUUUGCCACCCACUGCUGGUUGGGGUUGUGGUAUCGACAGAUUGGCUAUGUUCUUGACUGACUCCAACACUAUCAGAGAAGUGUUGUUGUUCCCAACCUUGAAGCCAGAUGCUACUACCAAGGCCGAGGAAGCCUCUUCUGUCGAGCCAUCUACUUAA